AGCAAGUUCGAAUGUGGCGAGUGCGCGCUCCCCACCGGCCGGAGGCGACGGCAUCGCCGCCGCGCCUCCUCCGCCGCCCCUCCGACGCGCCCAAGACCUCCGCCGCAGCCUGGCCGUCACCAUCCAAAAACAAAGCCCCACAGACACACGCAGCUCCUUCCCAUGCCGUCCCCCCAAGCGGAAUCGCUCGCCUCAACGCCUCCCAGAUCUAGAUCUAGCAGCAAGCUCCAAGGUUGCUCCGUGGUGCCGGACACGCCGGAGUCCCAGCAAAGUAUGCCCACGCCUCCUCCAUUCUCUUUUGCUGAGGUUGUCAGGGGUGCAGCUUGGCCCGUCUUCAAUUCCACGCCGUCCAAGCCACCGGCCAGCAAGCUCAAGUCCGCCAUUACUAUCCCUGCAAGAAGCAAUUACUACUCCGACUCCAGCACUCCACCUCGCCAGGUUGCAGCUCGCCGCUCUCACGUCUCGGCCGCUUCAGCGGGGACAGCUGCGCGGCUGCACGUCCCCUAUGCCGCGACAGCUCGGGCCGACUUCAAUUCGCCUGCGCCGGCCGUUGAGGGGGGAUGGACGAAGGUCAAGGGACCGUACUGGUGGAGGAAAUGCAAGGAUUCUGACCGCAGCGGCGCCCCGCCUUUACGCCAACCCAGCCCUCCGCGGGAACAGAACUCUACUCAGCUGCGUGCUUUCCGGGAGCGAACUGACGGGCGCUGCUUCAUCUGUCUCGCCCCCGGCCAUCGCGCGGCCACCGGCCGCGCCCAGUACCGCUGCUUCAUCUGCAACCGCUCCGGUCCCCGCGCGCGCGCCUGCGACCGGGGUCCGCCGCUCCACUGCCAACGUCCCCCGCCACCGACCAAGUCAGCGCCCCGCCACCACCGGCCUUGCCAGCACCGCCCGGCAUCGCCGCAGCCGGCGGCGGCCAUCCACCGCCUUACCUGCUGCAAGGAGCUCCCGCCUCCACCCAAGCCGACGCCGCGGACCUAGAUGUCGCGCCUUGGCGACCCGGCCACUAGACCUGAGGCGGAGGACUGCCUUGUUCAGUCCACCCGCGCCAUCGACGACAACCUGCGGGAGUGGGACACUACGGGCGCCGUCACCUGGGCAGUGCAAGGCCCGGAGUCCACCGGGCCUGCGGAGAUUGAGGCGGCCAUUCGGGAAGAGUUCAACUUGCGACAUGACGAGGCUCGGCGAGACGUCGCAGCAUCGAGGUUUUCUUCGUCAAGUGGAGGAGCCUACGAGACGCCGAGGGUGUGGCCCUCCUCUUCCGCGUCAAGCUGUGCCUCGACGGCGUCCCGCGCCACGCUUGGUCGGCCGAGCUCGAGGAGCGCAUCAUCAGCCGCACCUGUGCGCUCGAAGGGAUCGAGACCAACCUCGACAGGCCGGCGGACACGAAGAUCAUCGAUCUGUGGGCCUGGACGGCCAACCCAAGCACCAUCCCCAAGUUGGUUUGGCUCACCUUCACGGGCAGAGCACGCGACCCCCAUCUGGCGUCUGUGCAGGUCACCGACACCCCGCCGGAGCGCUGGCAGAGGGGGGUCAAGCACCCGGUCAUCGUGCACCUGGAGGAGUUCCAAGACUACACCGCUGCGUCGGUCAACCUCGACAACCGAACCUGCUCGCCGACUACGCGCAAGAUGCCGCCUUGACGUCUGGGCAUCGUCGACGGCGAGUCGGCCCCUAGGCGGCCACUGGAGCGUCCGGGGCGGCGCCGCAAGGACAGGGAAGACAAGGAACGUCCACGGCGGAACUAUAGCGACCACCAUCAUCACCGCUGGAACGUAUGGCGACGCAGGGACGAGGACGACGACGAACGCGACGGGCGCGGCCGCGACUACGGCGGCAGGCGCGACAGCGACGGGCGCAAAGGGAGCGACCGCGAAGUCACUCGUGAGCGAGAGCGCUCCCCAAGGCUCCGGAACUGGGUGGCAGCUCGCAUAGCGGCACCGGCAAGAAACAUGAUGCUGCUGUGGGCGACAGCGCCUUGCACGGCUGCGGGUCACGCGUGGAGGAGGCGCCAUCGCCGAUUGCUGCACUUCCUCAGCAGCUGCCCAACCUGACGGACCUGCGCUCCAGAGAGGCUCUCAACAGCCUCUGCAACGACUACAUUGCCAAGGCGGCGACUCUAGCAGACAGGCUGCAACUCCACGACGCGGAGGAGGUGGGGGGUGAAGCCUGGUCCGGCGCUGGGGUCGUGCAGGGGAGCUGCGCCGCACCGGCUCCACUCACGAUUCCGGUGGCGGAUGUUUUCCGGCGCAUUCUCUCUGACCUGCCGCCGUCGGCCACGAUGGGGGAGGUCGAUGCAGCUCUGCUACGACUGCGCCUCUUCAGCACCUCCAACAACGACGCCACGCUUGAACGCCCUCCCUCGCCAAUCCGGAUCACACCUGGGCCCCUUGCUGGGAACUUCGCCGACAUGUUCCAGCAGGCUUGGUGCGCUCACUCGGUGGUUGACGCUCUGCCGUCCGACGUGCCGGCUGUUAUGCCUGCUACCGGGAACGGAACUCCGGCGACGGCGAGCACACAGGAGAUGGGCGUUCUGCAGCACAACCAGUGCGCGCCCUCCCCAGUUGGCCCGGCACUGGUCGACUGCCUCUUCGUCGCCCCGACGCCACCACUGCUGAACCAUGACGGCAUCCCGCAGAACGACAACGCUCCAACCAGGGACGUUCCCACGCCGCCUGCACCAGCGCCGCCGACCAAGCGCCAGCGACGUCGCCGCGUCUUCGACAUGUCCGCGGAAUUCCUGGCCAUGUUUCAGGGGCCGCUACCGCACUACAUCGUCGCUGCUCUGACGACCACCUUCAACCUCGACGAUGAUGGCGCUGAGGAGCUAGAUGAGGAGUUGGCUACAGUAGCUGGGGAUGCAAUCGUCGAUCUCCAAGAUGAAGCUGAAAGCCUCCAAGUGCAGGCGUUGGCUGUGGCAGCCUGAUCUGCGUCUGCAGCCAACCCCUCCCUGUGUCCAACCUAGUUUAAUGAUGUCUACGCCACUUUCAGAUUUUCGUUUCAGUGUGGUUUGUCAGCGUUCAAGACUCGUUCCGUCCAGCGACUCUGCUUUAAUUUCGUCUGUAAUCCUAAAGGCUGAACUUCAUGGCCUGUUGUGUGCUUCCUCCGCA